AUGGUGGAAAUGAUUACUCUGAUCAUGAAAAGAUGUAUAGCGUACUCCAACAGAUAUUCUGUGCACCCCACUGAUGGAGGGGAAUUCAAGGCCCGCCGGGAUUACGUUUUACCGAAGUUUCGGGGAACCGAUAUUGCCGAUGAGCUUAGAAAGCACUCUGGACAUCAUGACGGAGCAGAUCCAGCAGAAGAUAAGAAGGAGAAAAAGGCGAAGUCGAAGACUGAAUCGAUUGAGGAAGUCAGUGGCGAGAAUGAAGUGGAGGCCAAGAGCAAGACAAACGAAGCAUCAUCCUCUAGUAGCAACGCUUCUUCUGGAAGUGCAAUUGAUGCGAAAGGAAGUAGUGCUGGUGGUGCAGGUGAUUCUGGCAGCGGUGAUGGCGGAAAAAAAGGCCGCAAAGGAAGUUCGGAGAAGGCUUUGCAAAAGGCUACGGUUCCAGAGGUGUAUCCACAAGUGAUGGCAAUUCCAAUAACCAAAAGGCCUCUAUUUCCUGGGUUCUACAAGGCUGUCACUGUGCGAGAUCCCAAUGUUGUAGCUGCUAUACAGGAUAUGAUGAAGAGAGGUCAACCAUAUAUUGGAGCUUUCUUGUUUAAGGACGACAACAUGGAUAAAGAUGUCAUUGAGAACAUAGAUGAUGUACAUGAUGUCGGAGUUUUCGCACAAAUAACCAGCGCUUUUCCUGUUCAUGGGGAUGAUUCUGCUCUGACCGCGGUACUUUAUCCACACCGUCGAAUCAAGAUGUCUGCUCUUAUCAGCCCCGAGCGUGAGGGCGCUGAUGCAAAGAAAACCGAAAGCACCCAAGCUGAGCCGCCUGUUCCUGAAAUCAUACCCGCAAAGUCUACCAAUGAGGAAACUUCGGAGAAGAAGGGCGAUGUUGUAGCCAGCUUCGAAGAAGGAACGGUUGCGCAGAAGAGUGCGGAACGCCCCGUAUUGCCAUAUGAGCCAAUAUCGUUCCUACGCAAGUACCCUGUCAGUUUAGCAAACGUGGAAAAUUUGACGGAAGAGUCAUAUGAUCCCAAGAGCCCGAUAAUCCGUGCUGUCACAAAUGAGAUCGUAAAUGUGUUCAAGGAAGUGGCAACUCUUAACAGCCUCUUCCGAGACCAAAUUUCUACAUUCUCCAUGAGUCAAUCAUCGGGCAAUGUUAUGUCUGAGCCAGGGAAGCUUGCGGAUUUUGCUGCUGCUGUUUCUGCUGGUGAAGUCUCUGAACUCCAAGAUGUACUUGAGACUCUUAAUAUCGAGGAAAGAUUACAGAAGGGCUUGACUGUCUUAAAGAAGGAGUUGAUGAAUGCUCAGCUACAAUCCAAAAUUUCUAAGGAUGUUGAGAAUAAGAUUCAAAAGCGUCAGCGCGAAUACUACCUGAUGGAACAACUGAAAGGUAUUCGCAGAGAACUCGGCAUCGAGUCUGACGGCAAAGACAAAUUAGUCGAAAAAUUCAAGGAAAAGGCUGAUAAACUUGCGAUGCCGGAAGUAGUCAGGAAAGUCUUUGAUGAGGAAAUCAACAAACUAGCACAUCUUGAACCGGCCGCGUCUGAGUUCAAUGUGACCCGAAAUUACUUGGAUUGGUUGACGCAAAUCCCUUGGGGUCAGCGCAGUGCAGAAAACUUCGGAAUCAAUAACGCAAUGACUGUACUUGAUGAAGAUCAUCAUGGUUUGAAAGAUGUGAAAGAUCGCAUUUUAGAAUUCAUCGCGGUUGGAAAACUAAGAGGCACCGUGGAAGGUAAAAUCUUAUGUUUUGUUGGUCCUCCUGGUGUAGGUAAGACGAGUAUUGGUAAGAGCAUUGCCAGAGCUCUCAACCGUCAAUACUACAGAUUCAGUGUUGGAGGUCUUACAGAUGUUGCGGAGAUCAAGGGUCACAGAAGAACAUAUGUUGGAGCACUUCCUGGACGAAUUAUUCAGGCGCUAAAGAAAUGCCAAACUGAAAAUCCAUUGAUCUUGAUUGAUGAGAUUGACAAAAUCGGACGAGGUCAUCAGGGUGAUCCAGCAUCUGCACUUCUGGAAUUACUGGACCCCGAACAAAAUACUUCUUUUCUCGACCAUUAUCUUGAUGUACCCGUGGACCUUUCUAAAGUUCUUUUCGUCUGCACCGCCAACAUGACUGACACUAUCCCACGGCCUCUAUUGGAUCGUAUGGAAAUGAUCGAGUUAUCUGGUUACGUUGCAGAUGAAAAAAUGGCGAUCGCGGAGCGCUAUCUUGGACCAGCGGCCAAGGAAUUGGCUGGUUUAAACGACGUUGAUGUCAAUCUUAGUAGAGAAGCUAUCGAGGAAUUAAUUAAGUCUUACUGCCGAGAGUCUGGUGUUAGAAAUCUCAAAAAGCAAAUUGAGAAGGUUUAUCGCAAGUCUGCUUUGAAGAUUGUACAAGAUCUUGGAGAGAGUGUUCUCCCUGAAGAAGAGGCUUUGACUGAAGAGGGCAAGGCAGCGUUGGAAGAAUCUAAGAAAGAUCAGACUGAUGUUAAAGAAACACCGGGAACGAUUGAAAAAGAGACUACUGAAGUACCUCGAGUUAGUCUCAAGGUUCCUGAUGAUGUGCAUGUCACAAUUGGCAAGGACAACCUUAAGGAUUAUGUAGGCCCACCCGUUUUCACCUCAGAUCGCCUAUACGAUGUGACCCCUCCAGGAGUUGCAAUGGGCUUGGCCUGGACACAGAUGGGUGGUGCUGCAUUAUACGUCGAGUCAAUCCUUGAGAGCGCUCUGUCACCAUCUUCUACCCCUGGCCUCGCUACAACCGGUAACCUUCAAGCUGUAAUGAAAGAAUCAACCACCAUCGCAUAUUCAUUCGCCAAGUCAGUCAUGGCGAAGAAUUUCCCAGAAAAUCAUUUCUUCGACAAAGCCAAGUUACAUCUUCAUUGUCCCGAAGGCGCGGUUCCAAAAGAUGGACCGUCAGCGGGUAUUACUAUGGCAUCAUCUUUACUUUCUCUCGCUUUGGAUCGUCCGCUGGAUCCUACGAUUGCCAUGACAGGUGAACUUACCGUUACUGGUAAGGUUCUGAGGAUUGGUGGAUUGAGAGAGAAGACUGUAGCCGCUAGACGAGCAGGCAGCAAAAUGAUCAUUUUCCCAGAUGACAAUAUGAGUGAUUGGUUGGAACUUCCUGCUAACAUCAAAGAUGGAAUCGAAGGAAAGCCAGCAAAAUGGUAUUCUGAUGUCUUUGACCUAGUCUUUCCAAAUCUAGAUAAAGAAGCAGCAAAUGGUCUGUGGAAAGAUCGAUUGACGAAAAAGAAGGGGGAUAAGGAGGAUGAGUGA